CUUAACUUAACCGGUAACUUUUACCGGGCUAGCACCUAGCUUAGCUAACUUUGGCUAGCCUGUUAGCUUAUUUCCGUGAAGUUUCUAGAAUAUUCUGUAAAGCUUCUAGUUUAGUGGCGUUCGUUAUCUUCCUCCCAUGUGUUUCCCAGGUAAGGUCAUACAAAAGAAAGUGUUUAGAAUAUUCUACUAAAGUGAUACUUAACUCGAAAUGGAUGGUAUUCAAUGUUGCAAACUAACGGUGCCGUAAAGCGACGAUAUUAUUAGUUGUUUGUUUACGUGACGUUCUAGCCUUUUACGUUAUCACGUAAUGUGAAGUGAAGUCAAUUAUAUUUAUAUAGCGCUUUUCUCUAGUGACUCAAAGCGCUUUACAUAGUGAAACCCAAUAUCAAAGUUACAUUUAAACCAGUGUGGGUGGCACUGGGAGCAGGUGGGAAAAGUGUCUUGCCCAAGGACACAACGGCAGUGACUAGGAUGGCGGAAGCGGGAAUCGAACCUGGAACUCUCAAGUUGCUGGCACGGCCACUCUACCAACCGAGCUAUGCCGCCCCAAAGAAAUUAUAUAUUUUUGUAUUUCUUUUCUUUAAAAAGAAACAUGACCGGUGCAUUAUUAUGGUCACUUUACCGUCCGAAUCGUCCCCGUUAAAGUUGUCCGGACAACUUAACUUAACCGGUAACUGUUACCGGGGCUAGCACCUAGCUUAGCUAACUUUGGCUAGCCUGUUAGCUUAUUUCUGUGAAGUUUCUAGAAUAUUCUGUAAAGCUUCUAGUUUAGUGGCGUUCGUUAUCUUCCUCCCAUGUGUUUCCCAGAUUUUCUCCACCAACAACACGGAAUGUGGACGUCUGCUGGAGGAGAUCAAGUGUGCCCGCUGCUCCCCCAACGCCCAGGUGUUGUUCCACUCUUCGGACACGGACAAAAUGCCACACAGGGAGCCUGACCUGCCCCAGCUCUGCCAGGACUUUUGCCGCGAGUUCUACUACACCUGCAGGGGACACAUACCAGAAUUGUUCCAAGCUGACGUGGACGAGUUCUGCCAAUACUAUGGGAGACGAGAUGCCAGUCUAUGCUUUCCAGAUUUUCAGCGAAAGCAACCUCAAGGCCAAGAUUCCAACUACUUGGGAGAUGAGAAAAUUGAAGAUAUCAGCAGGAAACACAAACACAACUGCUACUGUGCCCAGGAGGUGUUGAGUGGUCUGCGGCAGCCGGUGGCCGUUAUGCACUGCGGGGAUGGAUCCCAGCGGCUCUUUGUCCUAGAAAGGGAGGGGUUUGUCCAUAUACUCACCUAUGAACUCCAGCUGCUCAAGGAGCCCUUCCUGGACAUCCACAAGCUCGUGCAGAGCGGCCUGAAGGGAGGAGAUGAAAGGGGCCUGCUAAGCCUGGCAUUCCAUCCCAAUUAUAAGAAGAAUGGCAAGCUCUACGUCUCAUACACCACCAACCAAGAGCGCUGGGCCAUUGGGCCGCACGACCACAUUCUCCGUGUGGUUGAGUACACCGUGUCGAGGAAAAACCCAAACCAGGUGGACACCAGGACCAUUCGAAUGUUGAUGGAAGUGGCCGAACUGCACCGCAAACAUCUCGGCGGCCAGCUUCUGUUCAGCCCAGAGGGUCUCCUGUACAUCGUCUUAGGAGAUGGUAUGAUAACACUGGAUGAUAUGGAAGAGAUGGACGGACUCAGUGAUUUCACAGGCUCUAUGCUAAGGGUAGACGUGGACACAGACACUUGUACAUCCCCCUAUUCUAUACCACGGGAUAACCCCUACUUCAACAGCACCAACCAGCCUCCUGAGAUCUUUGCUCAUGGCUUACAUGACCCAGGCAGGUGCGCGGUGGAUCGUCUCCAGACGGAGAACGGGAGUCUCCUCAUGCUCUGUACUGAUGCAAGUGACAAAAACUCCACAACAGGCAGAAUUUUGGAGAUUUGGAAAGGGAAAGAUUAUGAGAUUGAGCCCUCCGUCUAUGACCUGCAGUCCAUUGGAGGAGCACCACCAGUUGGGGGCUUUAUCUACAGGGGCUGCCAGUCGAGGAGAUUGUAUGGCAGUUACGUGUUUGGAGAUAAGCUUGGAAACCUUCGGAUUCUCCAGAAGUCCUCAAUAACGCCAUCGGCACUGAGUGACCAGUGGCUGGAGAAGCCACUCUGCCUGGGCACAACCGGGUCUUGUGGCUCCACGCUCGUCGGACACAUUCUGGGAUUUGGAGAAGACGAAUUGGGAGAAGUCUACGUACUGGCGAGCAGUAAAAGCAUGGCGCAGUCACACAGCGGAAAACUCUACAAGUUGGUAGACCCGAAGAGGGCCCUUGCCCCCAAGGAGUGCCAGCGUCAGGUGGAGCCUCCAGAGCUGCUGAUGACAGCUUGUUCCCGGCACUGCAAGAACGGACAUUGCACUCCCACCGGCAAGUGCUGCUGCAGCCUCGGAUGGGAGGGGCCUUUCUGCCGCAUCGCCAAGUGCGAACCGGUGUGCCACAAUGGCGGCGUGUGCAUGGAGCCCAACAAGUGCCUGUGCAAGAGCGGGUACUCGGGCGCCCAGUGCGAGAAGAGCGAGCGUGGGAUGCCCAACGACCAGGAGAAGGACGGCAUACUGGACCACAUCAUCGACAUGACCUCGUACCUCUUCGACCUGACCAGCUACAUCGUAUAGAGGUGACGACUCUCAAACCUAGACACAAAUCUACCUAGCAACACCAGCAGACUCGAACGAGGUAUCCCUAAUUAGGCCCGCACACAAAUGCAGAAACACAGCUGCCUUUCAUCCACAUUACCAGACUUUAAAGUGGCCUCAAAAAGCUACUCAGCUGCUCCAGAACCAGAACACUCUUUGGAGUCACGUGAUUUGACAUUUCUGGACUCUUUCUGCGCUCUGGACAAAAAAGAAAAACACCGCAAAGGAGCGGCCAUUAUCUCAAACCUGGAGUCUGUACACGGUAAUGACUUAAAUAGACCAUGGCGUUUGUCGCCAUCACGAGUUGAUCCACAGCUGCAGACCGUUGGAUGCAGAAGACUCACACGAUCUGCAUGGACUCCCUGUACUGCGUUACUUAACACACGCCGACACAUCUCCUUUGCACACUUCCGCCCCGAACAAGCUUCCCAUCAUGGCACGUCACACACUGAAACUCCAAACCACAAAAGGGAAGAAGGGGGAGCCCGGCCUGGACUUAUAUUCCUAAUAGAGCUUACCAAGUACUACUUAGCGUUGCAAAAGAAUAAAAAGACAAAAAGUAUAGCAUUAUUAUUAUUGUUAUCAUAGAGGAGGGUUUAUUUUUGUAAGCGUAAUAAUAUAUGGGAGAGAGUGGUGUUUAUAGAAAGCCGUUUUACACUAAAGCUUUUGUGUCCUUUCAUGUUCUUGUACUUAACACACAUGCAGCUCCUUAUUCUAUUCUUGUCCGCUUCCCCCCGACACGUUGACAUCAUUUCCACAAUCACGUCUGCGUUUGGAGACCCAUCAAAAAACGACUUCACCUGUGGCGAGUGGAUUUUGAAGGCAGAAAUUCACCGGACAUGUCUAUUGGAGUUAUGUUUGGAAAAAAAGAAAACACUUUUACAGUCUAAUGCACAGGUGUCAAACUCAAGGCCCGCAGGCUACAUCUGGCCCGUCACAUCAUUUCAUGUGGUCCCCGAUAACUUGGAAAUAAUGUGUGUGAACAAGGCAUUUCAUCUUUCUUAUUUACCGUAUUUUUCGGAGUAUAAGUCGCACCGGCCGAAAAUGCAUAAUAAAGAAGGGAAAAAACAUAUAUAAGUCGCACUGUAGUAUAAGUCGCAUUUUUGGGGGAAAUUUAUUUGAUAAAAGCCAACACCAAGAAUAGACAUUUGAAAGGCAAUUUAAAAUAAAUAAAGAAUAGUGAACAACAGGCUGAAUAAGUGUACGUUAUAUGAGGCAUAAAUAACCAACUGAGAACGUGCCUGGUAUGUUAACGUAACAUAUUAUGGUAAGAGUCAUUCAAAUAACUAUAACAUAUAGAACAUGCUAUACGUUUACCAAACAAUCUGUCACUCCUAAUCGCUAAAUCCCAUGAAAUCUUAUACGUCUAGUCUCUUACGUGAUUGAGCUAAAUAAUGAUAUUUUACGGUAAUGUGUUAAUUUCACACAUAAGUCGCUCCUGAGUAUAAGUCGCACCCCCGGCCAAACUAUGAAAAAAACUGCGACUUAUAGUCCGAAAAAUACGGUAAUGUAUUUCAGUUGUGAUAGAAAAAAUAGCCUCUGCUGCCCCGAAUUGGUCCGUCCGGAGCCUCCACUUUCACUGCCAUCCACUUGGCAGCGCACCCGACCCCACUGGUUCCGACCGCGGGUGGUGGGCCCACGUGGCAGAGAAGAUGGUGUGACCACGUAGCUUCUUCGGGCUGUGCCCGGCCGGGCUCCGUGGCAAGCCCGGCCACCAGGCGCUCGCUGACGAGCCCUACCUCCGGGCCUAGCUCCGGAGGAGGGCCCCGGGCUUCCUCCGGGCCGGGUAACGCAUCCUCUUUUAGUGUAGUUCAUGGGGGGUAUCGUAACCCUGACGGGGGGGCAUUCGGGUGCUACACCUUGCCCAAGGGUGACCCGGAACUAUGUAAGGCAGGGGCGUUCAACUCCCUGAGGCUUAAUACAAGCCCACAUACCUAAUGAGGAUCAGCAUCUCCAAAUCUGAGGCCAUGGUUCUCAGCAGGAAACCGAUGGUUUGUACAGUCCGGGUAGGGGACAGGACUCUGUCCCAGGUGGAGGAGUUUAAGUAUCUCGGAGUCUUGUUCACGAGUGAGGGAAAGAUGGAGAAGGAAAUCAGCCGGAGAAUCGGAGCAGCUGGGGCAGUAUUGCAGUCUCUCUGCCGCACUGUUGUGACGAAACGGGAGCUGAGCCAGAAGGCAAAGCUCUCUGUCUACCGAGCUAUCUACAUUCCUACUCUCACCUAUGGUCAUGAAGUGUGGGUAAUGACCGAAAGAAUAAGAUCGCGGAUACAAGCGGCCGAAAUGAGUUUCCUCAGAAGGGUGGCUGGCAUCUCCCUUAGAGAUAGGGUGAGAAGUGCAGUCACCCGAGAGAGACUCGGAGUAGAGCCGCUGCUCCUUCGCUUGGAAAGGAGCCAGCUUAGGUGGUUCGGGCAUCUCGUGCGGAUGCCUCACGAGCGUCUCCCUAGGGAGGUCCUCGUUGCACGUCCCACUGCACGUCCCACUGGGAGGAGGCCCCGCGGCAGGCCAAGGACCAGAUGGGGGGAUUACAUCUCCUCUCUGGCCUGGGAACGCUUCGGGAUUCCCCAGGAGGAAGUCGCAAAUGUUGCUCUGGAGAGGGAAGUCUGGGGGUCUCUGCUGGAGCUGUUGUCCCCGCGACCCGAUUCCGGAUAAGCGGUUGAAGAUGGAUGGAUGGAUGGAUAGAAAAAAUAUGUAACUUAAAUCGAUAUUUUUUGAUACAACACGCUAUUCCAAGGGGUUGUUUCGCUAUUAAAACCCUUUUUCAAAUUAAAUUCUGCACCAGCCGAACUAAAUGAUCUGCUUGUCAUUUUGACUUCUGAUUCCAGAUUUUCCAUCAGUUUGUUGGUAAACAAUGAUAAUGAUGAAAUGAGGAGGCAAUUGUGUUAAAAUCAGGAUUUUAAAGGGGUUUUUUUUGUGAUUGUUGGGGCCUAAAAUGCCUGAUUUUGCUGCAGCAUUUUCAAAAGAUUUUCGGAAAAAUUACCCCCGGUGAUGCAGGAAAGCAUUUGAUUGACAGACGGUUGUGUUGCGUUUAAGUGCUGCUGGGCCGUGGCUGUGCAUACGUAUUUUUCGGACUAUAGAGUGCACCGACAUGUAAGCUUCACCCAAUAAUAAUAAUAAUAAUAAUGAUGAUUAAUUACAUUUGUAACGCACUUUACAUUUGUUAAAAUCUCAAAGUGCUACAAAGUAUAAAAAUAACAAAUUGAAAACAUUUUUAAUAAAAGUAGAAAGUUAGAAUAUAUAAUCAAAAAUUAAAGUAGAAAUGAAAUCAUGACACACACUAGAUCAGUGGUUCUUAACCUUGUUGGAGUUACCGAACCCCACCAGUUUUGUAUGCGCAUUCACCGAACCCUUCUUUAGUGAAAAAUAAAAUGUUGUUUUUUCCAAA